AGACCACUAUUUUCAACACAUUGGCCAGUGAGAAGUCCUUAUCUGACUGCAAAAAGGAACAGCAAUGGAGGCCUUCUGUGUACAGCAGCAUCACUCCAGUGUGCUUUCCAAGCCCUCUGAUUGAGAAGCCAGUCGGCAAAGGUGGAAAAGACAUCCUCUUUGCUGUGUGGUUUUGAGAUUAAGAAUUUGAAUGAAAUAGUGCCUCAUCCAUGUCACUUAUCAGCGCUGGCCUGUCUUCACGCUUACAUGCGCUUCUUCAUGUGGUUACAAGCUGCUCAGCCUCUUUGAAAAAAGCGAUAAUUACAACCAAGACAAACUUUGGAUAUUUCCUCCUCCUUAGGAAAGCAUGCCUCAGACGCCUCCCUUCUCAGCCAUGUUUGACAGCAGCGGUUAUAACCGAAACCUCUAUCAGUCAGCCGAGGACAGCUGUGGCGGGUUGUAUUACCAUGACAACAACCUCCUCUCUGGGUCUCUGGAAGCGCUCAUCCAGCACUUGGUUCCUAAUAUGGAUUACUAUCCGGAUAGAACUUACAUAUUCACCUUCCUGCUCAGUUCUCGGUUAUUCAUGCAUCCCUACGAGCUAAUGGCCAAAGUUUGCCACUUGUGUGUUGAGCAUCAGAGACUCAAUGAUCCUGAUAGUGAUAAGAACCAGAUAAGAAAAAUUGCACCCAAAAUCCUUCAACUUCUUACGGAAUGGACGGAAACAUUUCCUUAUGAUUUUCGGGAUGAAAGAAUGAUGAGAAACUUAAAAGAUCUGGCUCACCGAAUAGCCAGCGGCGAGGAGCAGACGUACCGGAAGAAUGUACAGCAGAUGAUGCAGUGUCUGAUCCGGAAGCUUGCUGCACUCAGCCAGUAUGAGGAAGUCCUGGCAAAGAUCAGCUCCACAACUACAGACCGGCUCACGGUCCUCAAGACCAAACCACAGUCCAUACAGAGGGACAUCAUCACUGUCUGCAAUGACCCCUACACUUUGGCCCAGCAGCUGACUCAUAUAGAACUGGAGAGGCUCAAUUAUAUCGGGCCAGAAGAGUUUGUUCAGGCCUUUGUGCAGAAGGACCCCUUGGACAAUGACAAGAGUUGCUACAGUGAACAGAAGAAAACACGAAACUUAGAAGCUUACGUGGAAUGGUUUAAUCGCCUCAGCUACUUGGUUGCCACGGAAAUCUGCAUGCCUGUAAAGAAGAAACACCGAGCACGAAUGAUUGAGUAUUUCAUUGAUGUGGCUCGGGAGUGUUUUAACAUUGGCAACUUUAAUUCCUUGAUGGCAAUAAUCUCUGGCAUGAAUAUGAGCCCAGUCUCUCGGCUAAAAAAAACCUGGGCCAAGGUGAAGACUGCAAAAUUUGACAUUCUUGAGCAUCAGAUGGACCCUUCAAGCAAUUUCUACAAUUAUAGAACAGCUCUUCGUGGGGCAGCACAAAGAUCUUUGACUGCUCAUAGUAGCAGAGAAAAGAUUGUGAUACCAUUCUUCAGCCUCUUAAUCAAAGACAUUUAUUUCCUCAAUGAGGGUUGUGCCAACCGCCUUCCCAAUGGCCAUGUCAAUUUUGAGAAAUUUUGGGAACUGGCCAAACAAGUGAGUGAGUUUAUGACAUGGAAGCAAGUGGAGUGUCCCUUUGAGAGAGACCGGAAGAUCUUGCAGUAUCUGCUCACAGUUCCCGUCUUCAGUGAAGAUGCACUCUACCUGGCUUCUUAUGAAAGCGAAGGACCUGAAAACCACAUUGAGAAGGACAGAUGGAAGUCUUUAAGGUCAAGCCUCUUAGGCAGAGUCUAACAUGUGGGAGUGAUUGUCUCUGCUGCCACCGCUGCUGCAUCCUGCAGCCCGGCGAGGGACUGGCCUCUGUGUUCCAGCAUCCACUACCACGAAAACCCAUGAAGACCCUGCCGUCAUUGGAGUGCUCCGGUCAGCAAAGCACGCAAGAUCGCCUGGGAGCAGAUGGGGGACUUACUUUCUGCAGUUGAUAGAUGGACUCAGAUUCUGAGAGACUGAAAUGUUCACUAAAGACACUGGAGAGAGAAUUGCAAAAAACCCCAGCUCUGCUCAUGAUUCAUCUCCUGGAAUUUCCAUGGGAAUACCGGCUCUGCACCUGGACAGAGUCUUCUUUUGUGUAUGUGUUCUCUUAUUUGGUUGGACAUUUGCUGCUAACAGGACUUGCCCAGCAGAGUGCUGGCUCUGAGGAAGCCCAGUUUCUUUGUUAACUUAAAUGCAAAAGGGAGAGGAAGAGGGGUCUAAAAUCCCUCCAUCCAGGGUCCCCAACCUCAGCUCAGUGUUGCCAGCGGGCUCGGCCGGCCGGCUGCUGGCCGUGGGCGCUGCUCGCUCUUGUGUGUGCCGGGCUGUAAGCACCUCACCUCCCUCCUCCGACGAGGUUUUGAGUUGGCUGCUGGUUAGCAAACUCCUUUUUACCCACAUAAGUUAUUUAAUAUAAUGAUGAAGCGCAACACUGUGGUAGGAAAAUAGCCACUAGGGAGAAAAAAAGCAGAGUGUGUCUUUGGACUGCUUCCCAUGCUAGAAGGCCUUUUUAUUUUUAUUUUUUUCUUUCUGAGCUGUUUACAGCUAACCACUUUGUUCUACAGAUGUAUUUUUCAGUUUUUUGUUACUUAGUUUUUCAUGACACCUGGUUUUUUUCCUCUUGUAAAUGUAAGUGAUCUGACUUUAAGGAUCUUGAGAAAACUCAUGGCAUAAUUACAAUUUAAUUUUUUUAACUGUUAUUUUUUCAUUACUUUUUGGAGUCUGUUGGUGACUAAACGUGUCAACAAAGAAUAAAUUAGAAGAGUUACCAGCCACCCCCCACUGUAGCAGUAAACAAAACAGAUGAAAAACACCUUGCUGUUAACUCAGUGGUCGAUCUAAUUGUGAAAUAGUUCUCCUUGUUAAAUAUCUAAGUAAGCCUGUCUUCGCUCUGCAAACAGCCUUGUAUUUAUUUACGCUAGGAGACACUGUAGCGUAGUCAUCUGUGCUAAUUUAAAAAAGCAAAACACCAUGUUCUAAACACAUGUAUUUGAAAACUUAAUAACAUGGUUCCAAAAAACAGAGCUUGUGUGUAAACUGCACGUCAUCUCAGCAGACCCCAAAUGCCCCCCAUUUUCCCUUUACAGCCAUCAAUAUAUUUGACACUCUGUGGCCAGGA